AUGGCUACUACGCUGACAACUGCGACCAAGGUCGCGGUCUCCAACGGGACUGACCAUCACUCCGUACAACUGCCCCCUUACUCCCCGCCUCAUGACCACAGCAAGCAUGUCCUCAUACCGCCUAACGCCGGUCGCGGCAUGGUGAAGAAGUACCACCAGCGCCGAACACUAUACCAGUACACAGCAAUGUCGAUUUUCGGGCUGUGGAUAUUCAACAAUGUAUCGAAUCCAGCUUGCCGAGCCGCCGCGUUAUGUCUGCUGUUCCCUGGAGCUGGCUUCACUGCGAUCCCGUCCCUAACAUCCUACGCGGCCUUUCUCGUCACCAUAAUCCUAGUACCGAUGUCGCUUGCUGUAUGGUUCAUGAUGGGUGGAAUAGUCUUUCCAUUUGCGUUGUGGAUCGGCUCUGCCGCCGCAGCAGCAUACCUUGCAGCUGAUCAACCGAUACUGGAGAAGACUGGGUCGGUCUGGGCCGUGCUUUGCCUCGCAAGCGUGGCAUGGGUCAUGAACUACGCAAGCCGCCUCAACGCGGCCGGUUUCACCAAGGCACAGGAGCGAAACAAGUAUCUCGUCUCGGCCGUGGCGGAGCAGAUGGCAGAUGCUGUGCCCGCGCCGGCCCCCGGAUCGCGUGAGGUGGACCUUGAGACACUGCGUCAUGUCCAAUGGACUCUGGAACGCGGUCUUUCUGCCAAGGACGACUUCAGCUACCACGAUAUCAUUGAGCAGUUUCAGCCGUCUGCUAUUCGAUACCAACUGAAUAGUGUUGUGGAUGCGCUUUCCAUCUACCAGUGCCACUACGCCCCUGGAUUCCAUGGGUAUCUGUCAAAGGCAUCACAAAAUUGCAUUGAGAAGGGUCUGCAGAAGAGAGUGAUGAAGUACUGGAAGUGGGAGUCCAUCUUCGGCAAACUCAAGUUCAGCGACUGGGAUCCGAUCAAAAAGGAUAAUAUCAUGGUCACUGGGUAUCUCGCCAGCGCGAUGGGACUCUACGAGCAAUCGACUGGAGACCGACGUUACCACAAGAAGAAUUGCCUCGAGUUUGUGAUCGACAAUGGGAAACAUUACAAAACAGAUUUUGAGGGCCUGGCUGAUGCACUCAAUACUAACAUGACAGACAAUCCUUAUUGUCUCUAUCCCUGUGAACCAAAUUGGACCUAUUCUCUCUGCAAUCUCAUCGGGAUGGCUGGUCUGACUAUUUCAGACCGCAUCCUUGGCCGUGACCUCAGUCUGAAAUUGCGAAAUCGCUUCGAGCGGUGCUUGGAGGAGGAAUUCACCGAGUGCGAUGGGCGGAUCUUGCCACUGCGCAGCGAGUUCACUGGCCUGACGAUACCUAACAUCUGUGGCGUUUCAACCGAUUGCAUCAACACAAUGCUUCUGACCGCGUACCUUCCGCACUUGGCACAUCGCAACUGGGCAAUGAUUCGCAAGGAAAACAUUGCAUACAGCGAAGAAGGCGAGCUCCAGGUGCUCAACCUAAAGGGAGCAGACCUGAUGGACCCUUGCAACUAUCGAUUCGGAGAGGGCGCAGUGCGGGUCUUCCUAGCAGGCGCCGCUGGCGAAUUUGGUGAUGAAAAGAUCCGCAAGGAGGCAAUCGAGCAGGUGGACACGAAGUUCUACCCGGUGGAGAAGACCCCAAACGGUGCCUUGCGCAACGUUGGCCUAUCGGCUUCACUUCAGUCUAUCUCCUUAAUGGCUCGGCUGAUCCGGCACAGAGACCUGGCCAAUGCUACCCUACAUGGGCCGGCCGAGACCGCACUUCAGGGCCCGAUCCUCGAAAUAUGCCCGUUUCCGGAUGUCCUUGUGGCCAAGGCACACAGUGAUGAUGGCAAACAACUUGACCUUGUACUAUACAAUGGCAAAGAGCCUGGGUUCUUCCAGCUGGGGUUCGAGAGACUGAUACCGGGGCAGGCUUACUCGCUCAGCACGGGAGAGACUGUCACUGCGGAUGACAAAGGAAAGGCGGGCGUGAAGGUCAGGGUAGACGGCCGGACCCAGGUUUUCAUGAAGCCUGCUGUGUGA